AAUGUAGCAUUUAUGUAGGCCUUUUAGAAACUGACGCUCGGUUACGGGUUGGCUAUGUCUCGUAACUAGGUGACGUCAGCUCUAACCAUCGACGAUGAAAUGUGCAGGUGAACACGGGAUAAACACAUGAACCAAAAGCAAGAAGGGAGGAGAGCAAAAUUAUCUGGCGAACAUAAUUUCUGAAUGGUGGGAUGAAGAUUUAUUUACGGAUAAAUUGCGUGCUAUGCUAUCGGAUUUAAGAACCCAUAUAGCUGCAUCAGGAGGUAUAGCCUAAAUUGCCUAUCAAAUAAUAACGCGACGUCUCUCUUGCGACUUAUUUCCUCCCAUCAUUCUUCCCCGCUCGAUAGUCCAUGUUGGCGCCAAUGGAGUGACCCAAUGGAGCGACUAUAGAGAAGGCUACUGUAGAGAAGUAGGCUAGGCGACAGCAAUAAAUUAGCAAUACACCCACAUGUGGCACUGGUGACUUAACGGACACCCGAGAAACAACACCAGAAAAUAGGUAUUUUUUUUCACUGUCCUUGAUCGUGUGACAAGACCCGUAGGAUAGGAUCGAAUCAAGCCGUUCGUGCAAUGGUAGGUGGUGCGGUAAUAACCUACCAGGGGGGAUGCUUGAUGCUCGAAGACGUUUGCUUUUGGAGGAUCGUAUUCAUACAUGGGGCUUGAGUUGUCAUGUGGGGCGGUCCCGACUCUGGACCCCCUGAUCGUGGGAGUCUCGGCCAGAUCCCGAUGCUCACGGUCAAAUCGUAGCUUGUGAGGAACAAAAGAAUGCCUACGGUGAACGUGACCGGAGAAGCGCCCCUACUGAACGGGGGCAGAAGAGAAGAGCAACGUCCCUGUAAACAGACCCUUCCCGGGUCCCUAUGCCGAGAGUCCCACUGGAAAUGCCUGCUCCUCACGCUGCUGAUGUUCUGCUGUUUCGCCACGCUGGGAUGGUGCUCCUUCUACCGCGUCACUGUCAUGGCUGCCGAUGAACACGGCCUCUACUACGGCGUCCGUGCCCGCCUCUACCAUGACAGCCCCUGCUCCAACGGCUACGUCUACAUCCCGGUGGCCUUCCUGAUCAUGCUGUACCUGGUCUACCUGGUGGAGUGCUGGCACUGCUUCUCUAAAACAUCCGCACUGACCAGGGUGAGGAUCAGCAAGGUGUACAACAGGGUCCAGAGGCUGCAGCAGGCCAUGCCCUGUAUCUGGUGGAAGGCCAUCAGCUAUCACCAUGUGAGACGGACACGGCAGGUGACUCGAUACCGCAAUGGCGAUGCUUACACCACCACACAGGUGUACCAUGAGCGGGUCAAUACACAUGCAGCCAGCUCUGAAUUUGACUAUGCCCGACAUGGUGUCAAGGACGUAUCCAAGGAGCUGCUUGGCCUUCUGGAACACCCGGCCGUACGCCUUCAUUUCACCAAAUGUUUCAGCUUUGCCAGUGCCCGUGCCGAGGCUGCCUACCUCACUCAGCGCGCCCGCUUCUUCGCAGAGAACGAGGGUCUGGAUGACUAUAUGGAGGCGCGGGAGGGCAUGCACCUGAAGAACGUGGACUUCCGUGAGCACAUGCUAGCCUUUCCUGACCCGGCGUGGCCACCCUGGUUCUCUCGUCGGCGCAUGUAUUGGUUGAUCUCAGCCCUGAUGUUGUCCUGGCCACUACGUGUGGUGUCAGAGUACCGCACAGCAUAUGUUCACUACCAUGUGGAGAAGCUGUUUGGUGAGAAUGAGGAAGUCAAUGACAAUGACAGCACUGAGAUGGGCAACUACCGCUCAGGCCAGGAGAAUGGGCAACGCGGUGGCCCCAGAUUGCGUGUCAUAUCGAGGGUCAACACUGUGGACAUCACUGAACUGGAGUGGCACAUUCGCUGUAACCAGCAGAUGGUGCCCAGUUACUCCGAGGCCUUGCUGAUGGACCUGAACACCAAUAACACAACCUCUUUGCCUUCUGCGUUCACCGGGGCAGCACGUGUCCCUAUGAGGCGGAGCUCCAGCUACGUCCUACAGAGCUGCCCACGCUGCUGCAGGUCCACCAGCAGCUCCUCGCUCCCCUCGCGAGUCAGGGGGAACGUGGUAAUGGGGGCGGGAUCUUUGACAUAUGGGACAGUGGGAAGGAUGGGAGGAGGAAGGCUAGCCCUCAGCCGCAGUGGAUUCUCUCUGGGCCGUUUGCACACGGUGCGCCAGGCCUGCCUGUUUCACUCCCGGAGCCUUGGUGCAGGGAUGGGGAGUCGAGGGGACGAAGGUGGUGGGUUUCUGGGGCUGGGCCUCCGCCGGGCUAACGAAGAGAGCAGAGGGGUCCUGGAGUCAGAAGGAUAUGAAGAGGACGAGAAUAGUCUUCAGCUAGAGGAGGAUAGAGAGCAGGAACUAGAGAGAGUGAGGGCUGAGAUCAUACAGGGAGUGGCCUGUGUGACAGAGACACCACCAGCCUAUCAGGAAGCUCUCCACUUGCCUGUGUUGAUCAUCCAUGGUGAGGAGAGCUGUCAUGGAGGGGAGGACCUUGACGCAGGAUAGUCACUGUGAUUGGCAAAGGUGAUGUACAGUAGAGCAGAUAAGUAAAUCUGCUCAGGAUGAUGCAAUAAAUUAGAGAGAGAGAGUAGAGGAAAGGAAAACAGGGAUGGAGGAAAAAUGUGUAGCGAUAUAGAAAGGGUUGUUAAAGAGAGGGGUACGGAAGGAGAAAGAAAAUAAAUGGUAAAAUCAUGGUUUCCAGACCUGCGAGAAAGCAGUACUGUUAACAAAAUGUGUAGGAAAACAAAACUAUUGUGUCACAGUAGAUUAAAUGACAAUUAUGUAGUUGCUCUUCCUAAAGAGACUGUGUAAUAUGUGUGUCCCAUUGUCCACAAUGAACAACAAUCGCUUUGUACCUUUGUUCAUGAAUGUACGGAAGUAUCAAGGAGCUGCUGAGUUAGCACUUUACAUCAGGAGUAGUUCAUUUUCCACCAAGCUAUUAGAUUAAUUCAAGGGGCACUAUAUAAUGUGUAAACUUACAGAACUCCCUGUUAGAAGUGGAGCAGAACUCUCAUGCCAAUAAAAAAGUGAUUACCAUUCCACAAAGAGAGUAUAGUAAUAAGAUUUGAUAUUAAUUUGAGAUGUUAAAUAAUACAUUUAACCAAUACACUGUAGUAGUGAUGAGGCUUAUGUCACCUGCUCGCCUUCCUCGAGAUCAUGCAGAUCCAAGAGGCCAACAAUAUUGUCCAUGAUAUGACAUCAGAGAUAUAGUAAAUCCUUUUUUAAGCGUUAUAUGCACAUAUGGCUAUGAUUGAGCAAAGAUGCAGUAGUAGCUAAUUUAUGAGAAACGUCAUGAUUUUUUAAGAAUGCAGAAUGGUAUACAUUAACACAAAGGAUUGUUUAUGUACGACCCACAAGACCUUAAACAGACAUGUCCUUUUUGCUCAGCCUUGUGACUCCCUGUCAGAUGAAAACAUUAAUUUGCCCCCUCACAGACAACAGGAAUGUGGAGAAAGACAUACUUUCACAUUUUUUACAUGGAUCAGGGGGAACAGGAGAUGGAUGAUGAUGAAAUAGAGAGAGUUAUGGAGAGAGCAAUUGUCCCAUUUUAUGCUUGUAAGAUUAUUCCUUUAAUAAAUAAAAAAUCCCUCUCAGCAAUUUGUCCUUCACCACAAUUCUAAAGGGGUUUUCCCAUGUCUCAGUUCUGCCUACUGUUGUAAUUAUACAUCAUGGUCAAGUAUGGAUUUAAUGCAGUAGAGUACAUACUCACACUGACACUCACACUACCCCAACGCCCCACCCCUCACUCAGCUGAUGCCAUUAGGAGCACCAUAUGUGAUUGAUGCUCAGAAGGCUUGGGACCAGAGCCAAAAACAGAGUUUUACCUGGAAUUAGGAAUUCAAGCAAAAUUCUAAAUGCAAUAUUUAUUUCAAGAAAUGUAUUAUCUACCUUUUAUUCUGAUAAUCAAACAACAUACCGACAGCACAUCAUUGGCAUAACGCACAGUAUGUUUUGCUCAAGUACAACAAUACAAUUACAGAUGGACACACCAAUAAAAACACUGUCACCCAGGUAAAACAGCAUGCUAAGACACACUUCUUUACAUCAGCAUACACACAUGCUAGUAGGUGCACAAAUUAUUAAGCAUAAUAAUAACAGUAAAAUGAUCACUGGUAGUGAAUGUGGACUGACAUUUCAAAGAAUGGCCAUGUAAACAUUUACAAGUAUGAAGAUAUUGACAUGGUCGAGGACAGAGGUACCGAACAACUAAAUGUGUUGGGUGACUCAACUCAAUCCCAUCAACACUCUAAAACCACACCUUAUCUUGAAAAGACUCUUGCAUGUAUUCAUUCUGCUGUAUCUAAUGUGUUACCAAUACAAAUUCAAAUUGUUGUUGAUGAACAUGAUGAUGAUUAUGAUGGUGUUGGUGGUACAGAAGCACUAAUAAAGUAGGUCUGAAUAUA